AUGGAGGAAAAGCCGCUGAGGAUGGCGCUGCCGCCGACCCCGUCGGCCGGGCAGGCGGCCACGCCGGCCGGCUCGGCCCCGCAGACGCCGCUGAGCGUGUCGCCACGCGUGGCGCCGCCGUCGGCCGCACCGUCGGAGGCGGACCGUCCUCAGUCAGGCGGCAGGUCCGUACCGGGCACACCGGGCGGCGACUCCCCGCGGCCGGCCGCCGCCAGCGCCAAGCCGUCCCCGCCGCCGCCGCCGCCGGUCGACCCCGCGACACUGCCGUUCGCGUGUAACCGGUGUCCGGCGCGACUGGCGACCCUCUCGGAGCAGGUGUACCACGAGAUCCGGCUGCACAUGACCGAGGAGUACCUGUUCCGCUGCAUGGGCUGUCCGAUGCGGGUGGCGCUCGUCGACGACCCGACCAAGAUCCUGGACGGCCUGCUGGACCACUACAUGAAACACGUAGACGGCGCCGGCCGCCUGCUCCCCUACGACUCGUCGACCGACUUUUUCCGCUGCGAGUUCUGCCCGAGGGUGUUCGAGGAUCCGAGCGCGUACGGCUCGCACGAGGUGCAGUGCCGGUCGCUGACGCACACGUGCGCUAAGUGUCAGGCCCGCUUCGAGACGGGCGACCAGCUGAAAUGGCACGAGGUUGACCAUCUGCGCGCGCCGGAUGGCAAGUACUGCUGCGACCACUGCGACUCCAAGUUCACCAAGCGCGAGCAGCUGCUCGGACACCGGCGCUUCCACUUCAAAGACAAGAACGUCGAGUGUCCAAAGUGCGGCAAGAAGUUCAUGACCACAGGCAUGCUGGCCAUGCACAACAAAUGGAAACACUCGCAGGGCCCGUGCCGUUUCUGCGGGCGCCCGUUCACCUCGGCGACGGCUCGCCAGGCGCACGAGGAGCACAUGCACCUGAAGUACAUGCUGCACAUGUGCGACGUGUGCCACUUCCGCGUCAUGACGGCCACCCAGCUGCGUGUGCACAAGCGCACCCACUCGGAUGACAAGCCGCACCGCUGCGCCGCCUGCGACGAGGUGUUCGUCUCCCGGAACCUGCUCAAAAAGCACCGGGCGUCGCGCCACUCCGAGCCCCGUGCGGCGGCGGAGGGGGCCGCUCCGGCGCCGGCGGCCGCCGAGCCCGAGCCGGCGCCGGCGCCGUUGGAGCCGGCUGCCUCUCAGGGCGGCGGGGAGAGUGCGCGCGCCCCGGACGGCACACUGACGCCCGCCGAGCUGCGCCAGCUGUUCGAGCGGUACAAGGCCACCUGGUCGGGCCCCAAGGACGAGAUGACGCUCUCGGACCUGGACACGGAUGAGGACGAGGACGAGAAGCGUGACCUGAUCGACAUGCAGGCCAAGGAGGAGCUCUUCAAGACCAAGGACAAAAACUCUUUGUCGGUGUGGAGCUGUCCCGUGUGCAACGCCUACUUCACCAAACUGUGGGGCGUGCGCGCGCACAUCACGCUCAAACACCCGGGCUCCAGCAUGCGGCCCGUGCUGCACGAUGACAAAGACACUAGCGCCUCCAGCAAGCAGGACUUCCUCAAGGAGAUCAAGCGGAACGCCAAGACGGCCAAGCGGGAGCUGAAAAUGGAGGCCAAGCGGCAGGCGCGCAUCGCGGCCUACGGGGAUGAGCUGCCGCGCCGCGGUCGCCCUAGGAAGUACCCCGUCAAAAUACGGCCACCGAUCGACCCUUCACAACCGCGGAAACGCGGCCGUCCGCGCAAAAACCCGGACGACCCGACGGCCCCGCCGCGGCUGGCCGAGGACGGGGCGCCUCCGCCUCCCCCGGCGCCGCCCAAACCGGAGCCCAAGCCGGAGCCGCCGCCCGAUCAUGUGGAGCGGCGCCGGUGGAAGUGUCUGACGUGCCAGGACCAGUCGCAGUCGUACGACGACCUGGUGACGCACACCUACCUGGCACACCCGGACGCCGACCUGCCGCGAUUCGAGGUGGUCGUCACCUACGUGCCCAAGCCGGUGCCCAAGACGCCCGCGGAGCCGGCGACGCCGCCGCCCGCGGCCGACGCCGCCUCAGAGUCGGAUGCUCAGGAGAAGCACGACGCCGACAUACUGGACUCGGCGCGCGUCAGAGGGGCCGAGAAACGGCGCGCGCCCAGCGCCACCAAGGUGCCGGCCGGCGCCAAACGGCGCAGCAUACCGUCAGCGACAAAAGAGGGUGCCACGCGCGGCCGGGGUCGUGGCCGGGGCGGCCCCAGUCCCAGCGGCAGGGGCGGUGGUCGAAGCGGCCACAGUGCCAGCGGGCGGGGCGGCGGGCGGAGCGGCGGCACCCCCGGCCGGGCCGGCGCCGGCGGCGGCGACUCGUACCGCAAGUCCUACUCCAACUCGUCCCGCCGGUUCCAGGCGGAGGACGCCAAGGAGCCGGCGGCGGCGGCGGAUGAAGCCGACAAGCUCUACUGCUACUGCCAGUCGCCCUACGACGAGGUGAGCGAAAUGAUCGGCUGUGACAAUGACGACUGCAAACACGAGUGGUUCCACUUCGAGUGCGUGGGCAUCGUGAUUGCUCCAAAAGGCAAAUGGUUCUGUCCGGACUGCACGGCUAAACAAAAGGCAAACAAAUGAUUUACCAGGCUUUACUGUGCGUGUUUGAGAAUUUUGUUAUUUGCUUGUAUAGAUGUAAAAAUGUAGGUGCCGCCGAUAUGGUUGUUUUGAUCGCUCCCGUAGGCCAUCAGUGUUACACAUUAACAAUGCCCCUGUGAACCGUGUCGUUUUGUUGCCGGUAUUAGAUUGACGUGGAAUCUACGGGAUGCAUGCGAAUAUGUGGACCCGGUUCGAUAUACAAAAUAAAUGUAAUUUGCCACAUAA